CAUUAUAACAUCCUAUAACACAAAAUAAAAAAUUAAACUAAAUAUUCUUGAUUUUCCGACGAUAUGCCGAUCAGCCGGAUAGCAAUCGGAAGGAGGGAGGAAGCCACUCACCCCGACGCCUUAAAGGCGGCGUUGGCUGAGUUUAUCUCAACCUUAAUUUUUGUAUUUGCAGGCUCAGGUUCAGGUGUUGCAUUUAGUAAGUUAACCGGUGGGGGUGCAAACACCCCCACCGGGCUCAUUGCUGCUGCGAUAGCCCAUGCUUUUGGGCUAUUCGUAGCGGUUUCGGUUGGGGCUAACAUUUCAGGAGGACAUGUUAACCCUGCUGUUACAUUUGGUGCUUUUGUUGGUGGUAAUAUAACACUUUUACGUGGAAUUUUGUAUUGGAUUGCUCAAUUGCUUGGCUCUGUUGUUGCUUGCUUGCUUCUCAAGUUCACCACGGGUGGCAUGGAGAUAGGUGCAUUUUCUUUGUCUAAUGGAGUUGGUGUAGGCAAUGCAUUGGUACUAGAAAUUGUAAUGACAUUUGGGUUGGUGUACACGGUGUACGCUACCGCAGUGGAUCCAAAGAAGGGUAGUUUGGGAACAAUUGCACCAAUUGCAAUUGGUUUCAUUGUUGGAGCCAAUAUUUUAGUUGGUGGGGCUUUUGAUGGGGCCUCAAUGAACCCAGCUGUUUCAUUUGGGCCAGCACUUGUCAGUUGGGCCUGGAGCAAUCAUUGGGUUUAUUGGGUUGGGCCUCUUAUUGGUGGUGGGCUUGCUGGGCUUAUCUAUGAGUUCUUUUUCAUUAAUCAGACCCAUGAACCAUUGCCCCAAUAAGAUGAAAAAAAAAAUGUAAAAUGAUGAAUUUUACAAUCAUAUUGUGUGUGUUUUCACAA